AUGGCAAUUCGAUUCCAGUUGGCUAUGCUCAUGUUGGGGUGGAUGAAGUUCUGUCAGGAUCUGACUCACAAGAGCUUGACAUUCCUGAAGUCUUCUCCUCUCGCGUCUCUCGCUCGCGGAGCCGUCGCUCUCGCUCCUCUCCUUCUCUCCGGUCCGAGCCGCCGCCGCUCAUCGUCAGCGGAGGGCAGACGGGGAUGCGCCGCCACAGGAGGUGGUGCAUGGCCGGGGCGGCCUCAUCCUUGGCUCCCUCACCCCCUGCGCGUCACUUCUACUUCCUCCAGCUCUACAUCAAGCACAACCGCCCGGCCCCAGGGUCCCCCUUGGCCGCCGCCGCUUCCUCCGCGGCGCCCUCUCUCGCCGAUCCACCGCUCCCUCUCGCGGGGCCUCCUCUCCCCGCGCGCGCUCCCGGCCCUCUCCGCCCGCGACGCCGUCGUCCGCGACGGCGACGAGGACUCCCUCUACUACGCCAGCCUCCGCCACUGCGCCGACGACCCCUACCACCCUGCCUCCAACCCCGCCGGCGUCAUCCAGCUAGGCCUCGUCGAGAACACGCAAGUGCUUUCCCCCUUCAUUCUUCCGCGAACUCCUAGAUGCGGUCACGGAUCCGCGGUCGCCUUCUUCCGCGAACAGUUGCAGUGCUCGCUCUCGGCGUCAGACUCCCAAGCGAGGAUGACCACGACGCGGAGGAGGACGAGGACCCGAGCUCGAUUCCGACCACGACGCACCGCACAAGGUCCCUGCUUCCUUCCUGACGGCAAUGGAUCCCUUCCUUGCAGGAAGCUGAAGGUGUUACCAUUCAUGGACAUGGAACAGAAGCUGCCCAGAUAUUGUGACAACAAAUGGAGGUUAAAUCGGGAAGCGAAAGCCAGGUGCAGUUUGAAUAAGCUUGCGACUGGAGUGUAAACUAAAUUACCUACACAAAAGAAGGGUUAAAUAAGGAUGAAGGUUCGGGUAUUUGGGUUGCUGAUACGCUGAAACUUCUGAUUUAUUACUUUAUGAAGGUUCAAGUAUGUGGUUUCUAGCUCCAGAUUGGAUAUGGUAGCUGCUUAUUGAUUUUCCUAUUCAUCUGGCAGGAUUAAGGCAUUGUUGUUACUUGCCUACCAAUUUUAAGCUGGCAGUUUCUUAUUUUACUUUCGUCUGAAUAUUGGGAUGCCUAGCAAAUCAACUCUUUGGUACUCGACAAUUCUGAGUUUGACCGUUAAAUCUGAAUAUAGUUUAGAAAUAGUUUUUAUGACUUGGACUAUUGGUUUCGUUUCCUUCGGCCUUUGUUUGUGCUCCAACAGCAAAUAGGCACAUGGGGCAUGCCACCGCGCCGUAAAUUUGGGUGGCCGCUGAGGGCACUUUUGACAUUUCGCUUACCCCUGCACAAUGUGCCUUCCUUCAAUUCAUUGCUCUUUCCCCAAUCGACGAGACGCUUAGGGCUGCGGCCGCCAGCCCUAUGCCCCCCCUCUCUAAUCUCUCGAGCGCCGCCUCCAGCCACCCCAGCCCCUCCCCUCCCGUCGGCCACCAUCCCCGCCCCUCUUCUUCUCCUACACGUCGGCUUCCUCUCGCCCCUCCUGCCAGUCUUCCUUCUCUUGCAUCUUUCAAAGGGGCGCGAGAGGAGUGGCGGGCCUCUUCUUGCCUCGCCGUAGUUUAUCAGGUGUUGUCCCUUUCGUUUUCGUCUGCCUUUCCUGAUUAAGAUGUGCGCUGUCUCCUGAUUCCAUCGGUGCAGCAGGCAGCUAGAAAGUGGGGCACGGCAACAUCCGGCGGUGACUCCCAACCCUCGCGAGCUUGGACGCUUGCCACCUUCUUUGAUUCUCGGCCCCUCUCGUGUUCCUCAUUGGUGUGCGCAGCCACACCAGUGCUGCCCCAACUCCCAUGCCGCCAUGCCCAUUUCCCUCGCCCCUAACCUAGGGCUGGGAGAGCUCGCUAUCAUCCGCCUCAUUGGCCCACCAAAUGCGCAACGGGGAGGAUCUCUUCCCUAGGAAGAUGCAUAUGUCAUUGUCGUUCCAUCAGGAGGAGAGCACCAUCACCCCCGCCCAGGUUGCUCUCUCUCUCUCUCUGAUGUCAAGUUGAUUUCCUUACUUUUUAGUAUUGUAGGCUUUGCUUAUCAAAUUGCAAUUGUUUAUGGUGCUUUUUUUAUAAUAUAUGUUUUGAAAAUCUAACAUCUUUGUGCUGAAUUAGUUGUUGUGGUCAGAAGUUAAUCUUUUUGCAUGUCUUCACUGAAGGAGGCUUGCAGGUUUAUCUUAAGCAUCUUAUCUUAAAGAAUGGUCAAUAUUAACUAUUCAGUUAGGCACCCAGUAGAGGUUUACCUAUCAUUGUAUCAAAGAGCUUACUAUUUCCAUUUGCUCAGCAAAGUUUUGAGAUAUUCCAUCCUAACUAUCUAAUUGUAAUGCUUUUAUGAUGCAGGACUAUUAUCUUGUGAUGUGGCUUUCUUGUAUCACAUUUGCCUUGCUGCUCCUGAAAGAGAUACCAUUUUGUUGGUGUUUACUGGUUAAUCCUUUUGCAUAUGUUUACGGAUGGAUACUCGAUGUUCUCGGUUCAUAUCGUUGCUGAUACUUGCCUUCUCUUGCUGAUUUCCCAAAUCAUGCACAUAGCUAUUUUAGUAUGGGUUACAAUAUCCCUUUGUAAAAAAGCAUAUAUGUAUGUCACCUUUUGUGUGAGUGAAAUAUUCAUCAGCAUUGUAGUGGACAUAUGCUCUUUGUACUAAAUUUGAUGUUUUCUACUGAAUCAUUCGAUUCUUGGUACCGGACUAAUGCUUCCCUAAGAAAUAGCAGACGCUGGAUCAUUGCCUUAGAUAGUCUUCCUCAUGUGUCUUUGAGAAAUCCUAAUGCUAGAUCAGUGGCUCAAAUUUUGCUUUUGUAUCUAUUUGGCACCACUCUAUCUAUAUCUUUUUUGUACCACCUUCAUUGCAAUUACGAAUACAAUGUUUGGUCAGACAUAA